AAAACGCGGCACAAGACGUACUCCGUCGAAGACGCGGUCGCGAAGGCGAAAGCGAGCGCGACCGCGAAGUUCGACGAGACGAUCGACGUCAGCGUCCGCCUCGGCGUGGACCCGAAGCGAUCGGACAUGAUCGUCCGCGGCGUCGUGAACCUCCCGCACGGCACCGGGAAGAAGCUCAAGGUGUGCGUCUUCGCGGAAGGCGCGCACGCGGACGAAGCGCGCGCCGCGGGCGCGGACGUCGACGGCGCGGAGGAUCUCAUCGCGAAGAUCAAAGCCGGCGGCAGCGGCGUCAUCGACUUCGACAAGGCGAUCGCGCAUCCGUCGAUGAUGCCCAAGCUCGGCGUCGUCGCGCGCGUGUUGGGCCCGCGAGGGUUGAUGCCGAACCCUAAGCUCGGGACGCUGACCACGGACAUCGCUGGCGCGGUCGCGUCGAUGAGGUUAGGGAGGGUGGAGUUCAGGGCGGAGAAGAACGCGAUCGUGCACGCGGGUAUCGGGAAGGCGUCGAUGGAGGCGUCUCAGCUCGCGGAGAAUCUCGCGGCGUUGAUCGCCGGGGUGAUGGAGAGGCGACCGAAAGGGAUGAAGGGCGCGCCGUCGCAGUCCAACUACUUG